CUCUCUUUCUCAUAUUUUUGACUUCAUAAGAACAAAUUGUCCCCAAGCAUCCUGUUGAGAACUCCCUUGAGAAGUGUUUGUGAGACACCUCUCACCACCUGCUUUGUAGCCUCUAGGGAGGACAUAGCAUACUUCUGUGUCUUAUCUGCCCUGAACCAUCUGUCCUACCCCCAUCCAGCUCCUCAUUCACAGAUCAAUAAAAGAGACUUAGCUGGAAGGCCAUGGCUGGGCAGGACAGCCAGUCUCCAGAGCGGCUGGCCGUGAGCCCCCUUAUCUCUGUGAGACUUGAUAAAAUGUCCCUCUUCUCAUCAAAGAUCAAAGUCAUUUUCACCAUUAUCUUCACAUUUCCUCUUUACUCUGAAACGCUUUAUUUAAAAUCAGCAAUGUACAGGUAUCCGACAAUCUGUAAUCUGUAUACUCACACUCGCAAGUUUUGCACCACAGAAUAUCUUCCAGUCUGUGCAACUAAUGGCCACACUUACUGCAACAAAUGCUUGUUCUGCCUUGCAUACAAGGAAAGUGGCGGCAAAUUUAAUUUGCUGAGGAGGGAGUGUGAAAAAGUUAGGCACAGCCUCCUGAGCUGUUGGCCUCAAUCCCCGUUAUCUCUCUCCUUGAGACAUGAAAAAAUGCCUUCCUACUCAUCAUGGAUUAAAGCUAUUUUCAUCAUGCUCCUAGCCUUUCUUCUUUAUUCUGAAACUUCCCUUCUGUUUAAACAAGGUAAAAAGCGAAAGCCAGAUUGUAUUUUAUACACAUUUAAAUCAAAUCCUAUUUGCACCAGUGAACUUGAUCCAGUCUGUGCAAGCAAUGGCCGAACUUACCGGAAUAAAUGUGUUUUCUGCAGUGAAAAAAUAAUUUUGGGUGAAAAAAUUAAAUUUGUUCGUUACGGGUUUUGCUGAAUUUUGAUGGAGCUAUGCAUCCUCUGGGCUGUGAUGUGAUCCUG